UACGUGUCGGAGGCGGAGUUCCCGGGCGGCCCUUGCAGCAUGGCCGCCGGCGCCGCCGCCGCUUUAGCGUUUUUGAGUCAGGAGAGCAGAACCCGGCCCGGGGGAGUUGGGGGGCUGAGAGCCUCCGCUCCAGUCACUAUGGACAGUUUUUUCUUCGGCUGUGAGCUCUCGGGCCACACUCGCUCUUUCACCUUCAAAGUAGAGGAAGAGGAUGAUGCAGAGCACGUGCUGGCUUUGACCAUGCUCUGCCUCACUGAGGGGGCCAAAGAUGAGUGUAAUGUGGUAGAAGUUGUGGCCCGGAACCAUGACCACCAGGAGAUUGCUGUCCCUGUGGCCAACCUCAAGUUGUCCUGCCAACCCAUGCUCAGUUUGGAUGACUUCCAGCUCCAACCACCUGUAACCUUCCGCCUGAAGUCAGGUUCUGGCCCUGUGCGGAUCACUGGGCGGCACCAGAUUGUUACUGUAAGCAAUGACAUUUCCGAGGAAGAAGAGAGCGGAGAAGAGGGGAAUGAGGAGGAGGAAGCUGAGCUGUGCUCCAUCCUGCCUGCCAAGAAGCAGCGGGGCAGGCCCUAGCACUCCUUGGUCAGCUAGCUGCCUGCCACACAUGCUGUGCACCGCGUUGCUGUACAGUACUCAAGACUUUUAAAUGUCUUCUCCGUUGAAGAGGAGGGGUGGGUUGGGGCAUCUUGGGCUGGUGCUAGGAGAGAGGGGGGUCCCGUUCUCCAUAGGACCCUGGUCUAAUCUUGUACCAUGCCUGGGGCUUCCCUUUUCUCCAGGAAUGGGAAGAAUUCUGAACUUCUGACCCUCUCCCCACUUGCCUAUAAGGUUGGAGGUCAGCAUCUGAAGCCCAGGACUACACAUUUUUAAUGCUUUUUACAUUUUUGGAUAAAGGUUGCAAUAAAAUGGUCUGGUUGUUUUGCAA